AGAGAAUAAGUUUGAGAUAGCAAUAAAGAAUACACGUGGGUCAAAGUGUAUGAUGAUGAUGGAAGUUCGGCAAUUUUGGCAAGAUUGAAAAUUUAUAGCCAGCUGGGCCCCCACCCCUUUCACCCUUCAAUCCGCCGCCGCGUCUUGCCACUCACUCACUCACUCGCCAUGUCUGCAAAUCAGCCCGGUGUAGAAUCUGCUCAAGAAGCUGAUAUUCAUGAUCCUUUGACGUCUUCUGUACUCGACGAUAUUGAUUCCGCUGAAAACGAUAAGAUGCCUACCGACCCAUCCCCCAAUUUCACCGAAUCGCAAACUAAUCUGUUAGGCAAUGACGCUGCAAACGAAGAAAUUACUAUUGAAUCUAUUGCACCUACUCACGAAGCUGAAAUAGACUAUGCCGAUAUGUCGGCUUACGAUGAGCAGCCCUGGGGUGACGAAGCAGACGAUGUCCUAUACUCUGAAGAAUUGCCUAGCAUUAGUUUGGCUGACCCUAGCCCUUACGAGCAGAAAGCUGAAGAACAACCACGAACCAUUACUGACCCAACCCAUGCCGAGGGCUUCGUCAACGCUAAAGAUCACCCUGACGCCACCGAACUGUCCGUUUCCGGUGAACUCCCUGGAUGGCUUCAAAGAGAACAUUUUACUAUUGGUCCUGGCACAUACGACAUCAAGUUCACUCGUAAGAUCGAAGUUGAUGGACAUCUUGAGAGUGCCACCUCUACAUUUACCUUUGGUCACUGGUUCGACAGUCUUCCAUUGGUCAACCGAUUCGAUUUCAACGGCAGCACCAACACUAUCACCUAUCGUAGUCGACUCACCAGCAAGCGAUUAGUUGAGAAGAUUAGAGAUCGUCAUGGUUAUGCGCCACCACAUCCCGCCGGCUUGUUCAAAACGGAUUCAAAUCAAACGAUUCUAGUCAAAUUUCUCAAAUCUGCUACCAAAGCUUCAAAACCGGAUUGUGAGCCUUGCGCGGCUAGUAUAUCCACCUAUAUACCUGGUGUAGAAGGAAAGUUGUUUGCACAAAACCAUGCCAAUCAUUUGCAAGAAUUGGACCCCUUCGACCUAAAACCUACUCGUGUCCUGUGCUGGAAUGAAAUUAACCCUGCCUUCAGAGGUUACAGUGCAUCACCUAAUGCCCAAUUCGACGCUGUUACUGGAGAAUGGAUCAACUACACUAUGGAAGUAGGCUACCAAUCUACGCGGUACCACUUCUUCUCACUCUCAGAUAGAGACCCUAAAGGCACUUUAAUUGCUAGUGUGGUUGCAAGCACUUCCUAUGUCCACUCGUUUGCAAUCACUCCACAUUACAUCAUCUUGGCCGUCUUCCCUUUCACCGCACAGAUGGCUGGCGUAAAAUUCGCAUGGAACGAAAGCAUUUUGGAUUCCUUCACUUUCCACAAUGCUGAACCUACUCUGUUCUAUGUCGUUUCUCGUGAGGGCCAGCAACAUGUUGCAACCUAUCGUGCUGAUGCUUGCUUUGCGUUCCAUCAUGUCAAUGCGUUCGAAGACGAUAAUGGCGGCAUUCACCUUGACAUUGUCUGCUAUUCUGAUGACACCAUUGCACAUCAAUUGACCACAGCUAACCUUCGUGAUCCCAAGUCGAUGAACCCAACUCAUUUGGCCAAACAUGAAAUUCGUCGUUUCUACUUGGCAAAUAUUCAAGAAGAGAGUAUCUCAUUUUUCGCCAACAACUCUGUUUCUUCUGCUGGUUCCACCAUUAGUGACCGCGCAUCUUCCGUUUGGUCGUUCAUCAAGGGUAGAGUCAGCACACCCAAAGAAGCCGAUAUUGAGAGCGAUAGUCAUAGUUCCGGAUGGGCAGCUGCCAUUCCCAAAGCUGCAGAAGAGAUUGUUCUACCUGUCCCGCUCGAACUUCCCCAAGUGAAUGUCUCCGUUAAAGGUCAUGUAUAUAACUUUGUAUGGGGUCUUAGCGUUGCACCCACUGGGGAUUCCAACACUGAAGGCAAGAUGUGGAACUGCAUUGUGAAAGCAAAUCUCAACACCAAGGAAAUUGUCGGCACCUGGUCUCAGCCAUACUGCUAUCCUAGCGAGGCUAGUUUCAUUCCACGCCCGGCAAGAGGUCCGGAGGAUCUUGUGGAUGAAGAUGAUGGUAUUCUAGUCAGUGUUGUGCUUGACGCUCAACGAGCCACAAGCUUCUUGUUGAUCCUAGACGCCAACACCAUGCAAGCAAUAUGCCGUGCAGACCUUCCACAUCUAGUCCCAUUGAGUUUCGCACGAUCACAUAUCAAAGCUCUUAAAUGAACUUUCUAGCAUUUU